AUGGCUUGGCUGCGUCCUCGCAUAACCUUAACGGCAUUCAAGACCGAGGCCAUCAAGCAACCGCUCCGAAAGCAUCAAGGGGGUCCGGUGAUUCCCCGCCCUCUCCCCAGCAAUCGUGAUGCCCUCCGCAUUCUCCCCACAACUGCUCGAACCCCUCUUAUCAAAGACAUGGUAGGAGGUGUCCAACCUCCCCAUGCACCCCUGCCCUGA